UUUGUGGAGAAACUAAAGAAACGGCAGAAAGAAAAAGGGACAACGAGCGAAUGUGCGAGUACGUCAGGAUCAGGGGCCAGGAAGCGAAAACCUGCAGCUGGGACGACAAGCAAACUUGCAGCUGAUUCAGGAUUGCCCAAGAAGCAAAAAACUGCAGUUGGUCCAAGCGAGGCAAUCCCAGCAGAGGACAGCGUCCCAGCAGAGGAAAAGCUGUUAAAAGUUCGGACAGAGUUUGUAAAAAGAGUGUCUGAUGCUAAUCUAAACCAGCUUCUGGAUAAACUCCUUGAGCAUGGUUUUAUAAAUGAUGAGGAAAUGCAGUCAGUCAGAACAAAAGUCAAAGCAGAGAAAGCACGAAACCUGAUCGACCUGGUGCGGGAGAAGGGACCAGAAGCCAGCUCACUUUUGAUCGAUACUCUCUGUGAGUUGGAUCAAUGUGUUUCAAAAGUGCUGAAAUUAAUCUGAAGAAUAAGCAAGAAGCUAUGGAGUGUGAUGAUGAAUCUCUGUAAUAACUGAUUGUUCCACAUUAACUAUUGUCAUCUUUAGAUUAUAAUCUGUUUAAGCCUGUUUUAUUAAGUAAACAUUGACUAUGAAAGUGAUUCAA